GGUUAGCUCCGUGAGUACAAUUUUGAGUAACUUAGCAUGGUGAACGAAUUAACUUCAUAUAAAUAGGAUGCAGUUACUCCGAUAUGCACAUUCAGUGAUCAUCCCGUGGUAACACAACAGCUUUUGACAUGAAGCUGCUAAUCAUUCUAUCGGUGCUGGCGUGCAGCUAUGCUGACAAGUUAGACAGGACGUACUUGCCUCCUGCAAGUGCUGGAACUGCUGGUGGAAGCCCUGGAGCUUUAACUGCCCCUAACGAGCCUGGAUUUGACCUUCCUAAAGGUCCUUCUUCAUUUGGCCAACCUACUCCCUCCGGAUCUGCUGGAUUUGGCCAGCCUAACGCUGGAAAAUCUGGAUUUGGUCAGCCUGCUCCUCAGUACGGUGCCCCUACUGGUGGUGCUGCUGCUCCUAGCCAAGGUCCCUCUGGAUUUAGCCAGUCUACCUCUCAGUUUGGUGCUCCUUCUGGAUCAGGCUCAUCGCCUGCUCAAGGUCCUUCUGGAUUUAGCCAGCCUGCUUCCCAAUACGGUGCUCCUUCUGGCUCCGGCUCAGCACCCGCUCAAGGCCCCUCUGGAUUUAGCCAGCCUGCUUCCCAAUACGGUGCUCCUUCUGGCUCCGGCUCAGCACCCGCUCAAGGCCCCUCUGGAUUCAGCCAACCUGCUUCCCAAUACGGUGCACCUUCUGGAUCAGGCUCAGCUCCUGCCCAAGGUCCCUCAGGAUUCGGACCCUCAGCCAAUGCUGGCCAGCAGACAUUUCAGUUUGGGGCUCCUGCUGGUGGCCCAGUUGCUGGACAGAAUGCAGGAUUAGGCUUCGGAGCUCAAGAUGUGAAUGCGUACUCUGGCCAGGCUCAACCUGAGCGUGAACGUGCUUCGAUCGACAGGAACGCUGAAAUCUUAAGAUACGAAAACCAGAAUGAUGGUGAAACCUUCUCAUACGCCUUUGAGACUUCGAACGGAAUUUCUGCUGAAGAAUCUGGUGUUGCUACCAACGGUGUGCAGGCUCAGGGUGGCUUCGCUUACACUGGUGACGAUGGCCAGGAGUACAGAAUCACUUACACUGCUGACGAGAACGGCUACCAGCCUCAGGGAGACCAUCUGCCUACUCCUCAUCCCAUUCCUGAAGAGAUCCUGAAGUCUAUUGAAGAGAACGCGAGGGCUGCUGCUGCCGGCACACAAGAAGGUGCUUACAACCCUGACGAAGAUUCUGGACCCUCAUCCCAGCAAUACUACGGUGGAGCUUCUCCAGCAUACCAGGCUCAAGGUCAACCCGGCCAGUCUCCUUCUCAGUACGCCGCUCCUGCUCAAUCUGGACCUGCUGGAUCCUCAGCUCCUCAAGAUGUCUCUUCUCAACGUGGACAAGGACCUACAUCUCAAUACGGUGCUCCUGCCCAAUCACCUGCUUCCCAGUACGGAGCUCCAUCUCAAUCCGGACCUGUCUCCUCGGGUCCUCAAGGCUUCUCGGCUCCACGUGGCCAAGCUGCUCAGGGACCUUCUCAAUAUGAUUCUCCAACUCAGUCUGGACCUGCUGGUCCUUCUGGCUCUGGAUUCCAAACUGCCCGUGGUCAAGCUGCCGCUCCUUCUUCAUCCGGACCUCAAGGUUCUUCUCAAUUCGGUGCCUCUGCUGCUCCCUCUGGUUCCGCUGGAGCUUCCCAAGGUGGUCGUGACUCAGGUUAUUCGUACAACGCUCCCAGUGCCGCUCCAUCUGGAUCUCAGGGCUUCCCAUCUCAAGGAACUCAGGCUUCAGCUAACCAAUACAACGCCCCAGCACCUACUCGUACUCCAUUCGGAUCAAGCAGACCAUCUGGCUCCCAAGGUUUCCCAGCCCAACGUGCUCCAGUUAACCAAUACAAUGCUCCUGCGUCUUCUGAGCCCUCCGCACCCCAAGAUUAUUCGUCCCAGGGCAGCAAAGCUCCCGCUUCUGCGUUUGGUGGUUCUUCAUCUUCACCUUCUGGUUCUGCCAGACCUUCCAGGCCCCAAGGUUUCUCAUCUCAACCUGCCGGAAAUCAAGGCUCUCCUUUCGCUGCUGCUGGACUGUCAGGAAACAACGGACCUACUCGUGCUGGAACACAAGGACAGUCAGCUCAAGGAGGAGAUGAUGGAUAUGAAUACAACAGGCCUCAGGCCCAGUUUGGCAGACCUAACCAGCCCGGACAGUUUGGCCAGUCGGCUCCAACUCAGGGACCCGCUUACUCCAGACCUCAAGGAUUUGGUCCAUCCAGACCUGCUGGUUCUGCACAACCUGGUCAGUCUCCCACUUUCGGUAAUGCCCCUACCUCAAGCUUCGGACCAUCAUCUGACCCCGCUGCCCCUGCUUCUGGACCUUCAUCCUCCUCUCAAGGCGCAAGAUUCCCUGUAGCAUCUAACGAUCAAGGCUAUCCUAGAGGCCCAGCUGGCUCACUCUCUGGUAAUGCCCCAUCUAACGCGGCACCUAGUCUCAAUGGUCAAGGUUCUCCUUUCAGGCCAACUGGAUCUGGUAACCAAUACACACCUAGCACUAACUCUUUCGGUGCUCCUAAGCCCAAUGGAGCCGCUGGUCCAGUAUCUGGUUCCAACGCUCAGGGACCUUUCGGAUCUCAACGCCCAAGCUCUGCUAUGUCCGAUGCUGGUUACGAAUACAACCGCCCUGGUGCGCAGGGAUCUCAAGCUGGUCCUGCUCAGGGUACCCAAGGAGGUUUUGGUCCCGUUGGACAAAACAGGCCUGGAGUUUCUGGUUCCCAACCUAGCUUUGGUGCCGUAGGUCAAAACAGGCCUGGUCAAGCCGGCCCUCAGUCUAGCUUCGGGCCUUCUGGACAGGACAAACCUGGACAGACCUUCGGAGGACCUCGCCAGCCCCCAAGCUUCAGCCCUGAAGAAGGAUACAGAUACUAAACCAAGGAUAGAUUAAUUAAUUUAUGAUAAGUAAACAAGCAAAUAGACAAAACCGAAAAAAAAAAACUUCGCAUUACGCUUAAAAUAUUUUGUACAUAUUUAUAAGAGAUGUAUAGAAUAUAACGGAGUCACUAUGUGAUCGAAAUGUAAAUUAAAUAAACUACGCAAAACUUAA